AUGAACAAACUCCUUCUGCAGAGUCAGCAAUGCAGGCGUGAAUGUGACAUAUCCCACGGGUCUGGCAGCAAACUGGGCGGCCAGUUUUUCCUCCUUGCCUGCAGGAUGGACCCAAUAGCUUAUGCAGAGCUGUUAAAAGAAUCUGGUAACCAGGUUCUCAAGAAUGGGAACUUCUCUUUGGCCAUCAGAAAGUAUGAUGAAGCCAUCCAGAUUCUCCUGCAGGUAUACCAGUGGGGGGUUCCUCCGAGGGACUUGGCUGUGCUUCUGUGCAACAAAUCCAGUGCAUUUUACAGCCUUGGGAAAUGGAAUGAGGCAUUUCUAGCUGCCAAAGAAUGUCUCCAGUGGGACCCAACCUAUGUGAAGGGAUACUACCGAGCUGGUUAUUCCUUACUGCGGUUGCUCCAGCCUUAUGAAGCUGCUCACAUGUUUUUUGAUGGCCUACGACUUCUGCAGAGCAGUCAAGACCAAGCACAGGUUCCUAAUUUCCUUGUUGGGGUCUUCACCACUAUGAGCAGUGACUCUGUUGUUUUGCAGAGUUUCUUGCCCUGCUUUGAUCAUAUUUUCACUACUGAAUUUUCAGCAGAGGUGUGGAAAUCUGCCAUAGAAAAGUUGGCAAAGAAAGGAUUAUGGCAUUCAUUUCUACUGUUGUCAGCAAAAAAGGACCGAUUGCCAAGAAAUAUCCAUGUCCCUGAGUUAUCACUGAAAAGUCUGUUUGAGAAGUAUGUCUUCAUUGGGCUUUAUGAGAAAAUGGAGCAGGUGCCCAAGUUGGUCCAAUGGCUUAUCUCCAUCGGUGCGAGUGUCGAGACCAUAGGACCCCAUCCUCUCCAUGCCCUCAUGCGGCUCUGUAUCCAAGCAGGGGAAAACCAACUUUUUAGGUGGCUAAUGGACCACAAGCCUGAGUGGAAAGGCCGCAUCAACCAGAAGGACGAGGCUGGCUGCACUGUCCUGCAUGUCGCUGCUGCCCACUCCCCAGGAUAUCCCAUCAAAC